AUGCGAGAAUUGAUCAACCUCCCGGUUGAGGUCACUACUCAAAUAUUUUCAGCAUGCGAUGACAUUUCAUUAGUCCUGGCACUCGCUGCAUCAUGCAAGAAACUCCACUCGGUCUGGCAGACCAACUCCUCAGUAAUUGUAUGGAGGUUAGGCAUCACAUCCAAUAUCAGAUCCUUUGAUAUCGCAUUGAUGGCCGUCCGCGCAACAGCACUCGUCCUAAAAGCCAGCCAGGCCAACCUGCCACCACCUGAAUUCCCAUCCAUAUACGCACUCAGCGGAAAAGCUCAAUUGCCCACAGUGGAUGAAUUCAAAGAAGUAUUGAACAUGCAGCAUCUAGUUCGCUGCGUCGAGCACAUGUACUUCCACUCAUCCAUCGACAACGACACCCUCUUCGGAGGCUGCAUGCUCCCAUUAUUGGUAAUCCUACGCAGAUGUGAGGACUUGCCUUUUGAAACAACCUCAAUCAUUAAUGGCCUACCAAGGAAAUGA